UGUGCUAAAAGUGACUUGGAUCUAUCUGUCAACUUCACCAGCAGAAAGGUUAACACUACUCGGGAGAAGAAGAUACAGACUCUGAGGAAAUUUGCAAAAUUUUUUUAUCUACUUCAAAGUAACCUUUGAACUUAUUCUUCAUUUUACUUUAAUUUUCCUAUAUUUUGGUCCAUCAAGAAUCUAAUAAUCAGUAAGUGUCGUCAUAGUAAGGAUAUGAGAAGUUCACUCUGCAGCAGCUUGAACAAUUUCCUCUAGUCACUCUUGUUUGUGUCCCCUUUAGAGCCAAGAAGCCAGUUGGAAAAACUUGAAAAGUCUAAAUAACUCUUCUUCCAUAAGCUUAUCACAUGUGCGUUGAUCAGAAAGACCAUUGCUGGUAUAUCUUCCCCCCUCUGUCAGUUCAAGGGAUUAUAACAUUUAAUCAUAAAUAUUUAACUACAUGAACGAUCAAAACUACAUCUGAAGAAUGCUGUUGUUCAUUUAUGGUUUUCUGGAUUGUGUCAGAUAGUCUGCAAACAUGGAGACUGAAGAAGAACCAGGUUGGUGGUAUUUGGCAUAUCUAUUAACUAAAGAUUCAGUUUGUCACUUCUUUCUUCUGUUAACGUGGCACACAAUGUUCAAAAAUCGAUUAGUUUUUCUGGUCAUUGUGAUGGGAGAUUGCAAUGAUUUGGACUAACUGAGGUGUAUGAACUAGAGAGUCAACUGUGCAAAUCAGGAGGGUGUAUGUAAAGAGCAUGUAAAAAAUCAUCAGCUACAUUUCACAAAUAUUUCCAUUUAAUGCAAUAUUCAUCAUCUCCUUUUUUAAUUAACUGUGGUGUAUGGGUAUCUUGCGCCCACCGCGACUAUUCCUUUCGUACCUGCUACCUCCUACCAACUACCGGGUAACUCUACUCGCUAAGGUUUAGGAAUAUAAGAAGAAUCCAUCUAGCAUUUUUUUUGUCUCUAAUGGAAUUUGAACCCUGAUCUUCAAUUUUCACCAGCUUCAUUGAAUGAUAGGACACAGCCUUGGUGUCCAUUUAAUGCAGUCUUCUCGAAAUAAGAUAAAUUGUAAUCGCUGAAUAUCAACUACGACUUAUCCAAAUACAGUAAAAGAAAGCUAUGGGACAGUAGUGAAGCAGUAGAAAGGGACUGAUCCAGCAUUGGAGACAUGUCUGGAAUUACAUCUAUAAGGCUGAUGCCAUGUGCAUUAAGUUAUUCGACAAAGCCCCACUCAUCUAUGGGAUCACAACAACAACAACAAUAAUUGUGAUCCCUCAUCUGUGGGAUCACAAUUAUUUAAAAUGGUAGAGAUAGAAAGCUCAAUGCAGCAGUGACCAACCGAUAGACCUUGAUGCAUUUGCUGUACUCAUGCGCUGAUAUGAAGUAAAUUCAUUGAUACUUCUACUAAAAUAUACAUAUAGAUAUGUUGUAAAAGAUAAAAGACUUUUGACUUCAUAUAUAGGUAACUGAACUAAAGUCCAGUAUUGUUCAGGUGUUCAAAUUAAUUUUUAGAUGCUCAUCCUUAAAAGGUGAUUGUAUUACCAUGAUAGUUAGAGCGUUUUGUAUGUUUUAAAGACUUUGGUUAAUGUUUUUGGUGGUUCUGAUAUAUAAAUUUUCUGCCGCAGGGAAUGGUUUCGUUUAUGGUGUCUAUCCAGUUACAACUGCCAGGGUGCCAGUUCUCAAAGUUGUUGACCAAGGAACUGAAAUUGAAUGUGAUAUAUCAGUUGAAAACUGGGAUGGGAUAUCAAAAUCAAAGAUAAUUUACAUGAUUGGUGCCAUUGAUGAACGUUUUCGGAAAUUGAGCUUCUUGGUGAAAGCAUGGGCAAAAGCACAAAAUAUUAACAGUGCGAAGGAUCAAACAUUGAAUUCUUUAUCUAUAAUACUUUUGGUUGCUUUCCAUUUGCAGACCCGAAAUCCUCCCAUUCUGCCUCCAUUUUCCGCUUUAUUCAGAGAUGGUAAUGAGCCAGUGGCAGUGGAGAGGUCUCUGUGUAAGUUUACGAACUAUGGAAUAAACAAUAAAGAAUCAGUGGCUGAGCUCUUGGUUUCUCUAUUAAACAAGUUACUAUCAGUUGAGAAACUUUGGUCCAGAGGUUUGUGUGCCAGUACAUUUCAAGGAUCUUGGAUAUCUAAAACAUGGGGUUCUAGAGUAGGCCAUAUUAAUGUUGAAGAUUUCGCUGAUCGAUCUCAAAAUGUCGCUAGGGCUGUAGGAGAAGAAGAAGUUAAAAGAAUCUAUAGCUGCAUCCAGCUUUCAGUCCAACACAUUUUUGAUUUUUCAAAUAAAAAGAUUGGAGGGAACUCUUUAAGGGAGUUCCUAUUUGGCCGAGAUGUAGCUUCCAGGCUAGACAGCGGUGGCACAGUAAAAAAUAUUGCAAAACAAAUACAAGCUUGUGCUUCUGGAAAAACGGAGGUGCAAUCUGUUGAACGUUCAAAAUGCAAUAAAAAAACUGUACAUGUUGAUGCUAUCAUGACCAAAAGCAUGUCAUCUGUGGAAAGUCCGGGCUGGAUGCCACAAGGAAAACGGAAACUUUUGAGGCAGUCUUGGCCAACUGACUCUUCCUUGAUAAAGAGAACUCAAACAGAUGAUUGUUUGGGGGACACCUUUUCUGGGUUGUCAGGAAGGCGUCCAGGAAAAGGGUUAUCCAGGCAAGAGCAGCCGAUGCCUCACUAUUUGACAAAUAGGUGGGAACCAGUGGUAAACCGAGGAAUGAUGUCAAGAGAAGGCAUGUACAAUAAAUUGCCACCUGUUUCAUUUGAACCUACCUAUGGAAGGAUCAUAUUAGCAGAACCUUUUGGAGAAAUGCACGGUAGGGAGAUAAUUAGACACCCAAAUGUGAUUGCGCCAGCUGUUCCUGAUUCCAGUCCCCUUAUAGGUAGUCAAAUGUCUUGUGAGCCGUUCAGAUUUCCUCUUGGUUAUUCUAAUUCGGUUUGUGAUUCUAUGCAUUCCUCUGCAUAUUGUUUGCCCCCGGACCCGAGGAGGUUUUGAUGUGAGGUUAAAAAGUAAUUGUUCCCAAUCAAUGUAAUUCUGUCAGUGUUGGUUUCUAGCCUUUGUACAACUUAUGGAUGCAGAUUGAAAUAGAUAGUAAUUUAAUGGCAGCUGCCAAAUGUUUAGAGCUUAGUGAACGAGAUUUAAAGUUAUGUUGAUGUGCCUUCCUUUCUCCAUGUAAAUUAUCAGUCUUAUAGUGUUUUGAUACUUAUGUUA